ACACUGAGACGAUAGUUUUAGGUAUAUUGAUCAUAUAGAAUUAGUUUUUUUUUUCUUCAUAACCAAAGCUGUAUCUACGAAAAGAAAAGAAAAAGAAAGAAAAAUACCAUGUCUGCGUUUUAAACCCAUAGCACAAAGUCCUUUCCUCUCAUUCAGCGCCGCAAACUCAUUGUCAAAUCGCGGUGUUACCGAAAUGCCUCGAAGGCCAAGAAGGCAUCAACAACUCAGAUCUUUGCCCAUUACAUUCUCCCCUUUUGCUCGUGCUCUUGCUCGUAUGGCUUCCGUUUCUAUGCCAAAGCGUCGUUCCAAAUCCAUUGAGAAACCCACCCCUUCCUCUGCUAGUAAUGGAUUCAUAAAGCAUCCCCUGGAAAAGAGAUGGGAAGAGUCUGAGUCAUCUGAUGGAGAGUUUGAUGGAGUUGUCCAAGCAGAUUUUGCCUUUUUUGAUCCUAAACCCAGUGAUUUCCAUGGAGUUAAGACCUUGCUGCAAACUUACCUAGACGUUGAAGAAUGGGAUUUGAGUGGCUUUGUAGACUUGAUUUUGGGACAGACCACUGUGGGGACUGUUGUAAAGGUAGAGGAUGAUGCUGAUGAAGGAAUAUUCGCCCUUGUUACCGCUCUUAAUUUAUGGAGGUAUAGGGAGCAAAGAUGUAUUAUGUCAUUGAAGGACUUUCUCCUCCUUAAAGCAUGCCAAGAGAAGGGCAUUGUUGAUCAACUGAGAUUACUUUUAGGGGAACAAGCACAUAACGUGGGUCUCCUGGUAUCACAGCGUGUGGUGAACCUUCCUCCCCAGCUUUUACCACAUCUUUAUGAUUCUCUUUUUAACGAAGUGUCAUGGGCCACAGAAGAUGAGCCAACGGAGGACCUCCGGAAUUCCUUCCAGUUUAAGCAUUAUUUAAUACUUAGCAAAAUUUACAAGCACAAGAAUGCAGAACAGAAAAGAAAACUGGGUGAUGAUAAUGAUGAGACGAUUGUAUAUGUAAAGCCUGAGGAUGAACUUUUUCACAAGUUAAGCUCGUGGUCCUUCUGUUUUCCUUUGCGCACUCAGCAGCCUGCACCUCAUGAGCUGAAGAAUUAUAGGUCGAUGGGAUUAAUCAUGACUGUUAAGGCAGACAAAAUUCCAACGUUUCGUCAACAAUUAGGUUCUUUAAUAAAUGAAAGCUGAAGGUAACUAGAAAGUGUUUGAGGCAAAAUUUUGGGAUUGUUUAAAUUAAAUUUACUGUGAUCCUUUUUGGUCUUUGAUGACAACUCGCAAGAUAUUGAAAAUAACCUUUCUCUAGUUAGUUUCUACACUUUUCUAGAAGCUUAUUAAACAUGUAAAAUAGUUUAGACUCGAAAUGAGUGUGAAUACCACCUCUUCAAUUAAAAACAGGAAAAAUUAAUAUUAACUUAUCUUUGGUGAUGAUAGAAAUUCAAUUAAUGUUGGUAAACUCAAA